ACCUGCACUGCGGUGUGUUUUGUACGUACGGAUCGGUCGGACUCGUCCACUCUUUUGAGGGUGCUCGCGCCAGCAAACAUGCGGCCACGCUUGCUCUGGAUCGUUUUGCUGGCUGUCGCUCGUACAGCUUUGGCUGACGAGGGAUAUAAUUAUCCUAGACCACCAACUCCUCUUAUACCAGGUGGUCCGGGUGGAGGUCCCGGUCCUGGAGGAUUUCCAAGUACACCCGGUGGAUAUCCAUCUGGCGGUACACCUGGUGGUCCCGGAGUACCAGGCGGUCCUGGUGAACAACCUGGCGGACCUGGCGGACCGGGAAAACCUGGUGGUUAUCCAUCUGGCGGACCAGGGCCAUCGGGCUUUCCAGGCGGGCGUCCAGGAGGCAUUCAACCAGGUGGGCAGCAACCCGGAGGAUUUCCAUCAGGCCAAGGACCUUCUGGUGGAUAUCCAAGCGGGAGACCCUCAAUUCCAUUUCCGAGCGGUGAACCAACAGGUGGUGGAUAUCCUGGUAGCCGGCCUGGUGGCCAAAGACCAGGUGGUUUUCCAGGUAGUCAAGGGCCAAGCGGAGGAUAUCCAGGUGGACAGGCUCCUGGAGGUUAUCCCGGUGCGGGACAGAAGCCUGGUGGCCCGGGAACUGGAUAUCCUAGUGGAGGGCCAGGCAGUGGUUAUCCAGGAGGUGCUCAGAGACCUGGCGGUGGUGCAGGUCCUCAAGGACCAGGUGGAUAUCCAGGACCAGGAGGACCAAGCGGCCCUCAAGGUCCUGGAGGUCAGCAAGGCCCAGGUGGAACACCUACCGGCGGUUACCCUAGUACUAGACCAGGUACUCAAGGGCCAGGAGGCUAUCCAAGUGGACCGGGAGCUCAAGGACCAGGCGGUUAUCCAACUGGACCGGGAGCGCAAAGACCAGGAGGCUAUCCUAGUGGUCCAGGACCACAAGGACCAGGGACUCAAAGGCCAGGAGGUCCUGGCUAUCCAAGUGGCCCAGGAUCACAAGGACCUGGAGGGUACCCGGGUGCUCCGGGACCACAAGGACCAGGAGGUUACCCAAGUGGCCCAGGACCACAAGGACCAGGGGGUUACCCAAGUGGCCCGGGACCACAAGGACCAGGGGGUUACCCAGGUGGUCCGGGAGCACAAGGACCAGGAGGCUAUCCAGGUGGUCCAGGAACACAAAGACCAGGAGGCUAUCCAAGUGGUCCGAGACCACAAGGGCCAGGAGGGUUUCCAAGUGCACCAGGACCACAAGCACCAGGAGGAUACCCAAGUGGACAAGGUCCACAAGGACCAGGCGGUUUUCCAAGUGGACCAGGUCCGAUAGGACCUGGAGGACCUGGAGGACCUGGAGGGCCCAGAGGUCCUGGAGGACCCGGAGGACAUGGACCCGAAGAUACCGGAGAAUAUCAUGGUGAUGAAGGAACAUACGACGAAGGCGAUUAUUCCGCUAUUCCAGGAGAACCUGGUCGCGACUAUCCUAUAUAUAGUGACAUUCCGGAGACCAGUUUUCGUUGCGAUGCCCAACAAUUCCCCGGUUAUUACGCCGACGUGGAAACUCAGUGCCAAGUUUUUCACAUAUGUGCUAACAAUAAGACCUACGACUUCCUUUGUCCAAACGGGACGAUCUUCCAUCAACAAUUCUUUGUCUGUGUUUGGUGGAAUCAAUUCGAUUGCAAUUCCGCGCAAAGCUUCUACUACUUGAAUGAAAAUCUGUACGAUUAUACUAUAAUGGGAGCACCAGGUCAAGGAUUUCCUGAAAUUGGAGGACCAUUAGGUCCUUCUGUACCUGGUACAUAUCCAGGUGGCCCAGGAGGCCCAAGAGGUCCAGGUGGUCCAAGUGGUCCAGGUGGUCCAAGUGUUCCAGGUGGUCCCAGUGGUCCAGGUGGUCCAGGAUACCCAGGAGGCCCACAACGUCCGGGCGGUCCAGGCUAUCCAGAAGGUCCUCAACGUCCUGGUUAUCCAGGAGGACCUCAAGGCCCAUCAGGACCAGGUGGAUAUCCUCAAGGACCUCAAGGUCCUUCCGGACCAAGCGGGUAUCCAAGAGGACCUCAAGGACCUCAAGGUCCUUCCGGACCAAGCGGGUAUCCAGGAGGACCUCAAGGACCUCAACGUCCUUCCGGACCAAGCGGGUAUCCAGGAGGACCUCAAGGACCAUCAGGCGGAAUACCAAGCGGCCCAGGUGGAUUCCCAGGACGACCAGGAGGUCCAUCUGGUCCAGGUUAUCCUGGUCCAGGACCACAAGGUCCAGGUUAUCCUGGUCCAGGACCACAAGGUCCAUCUGGCCCUAGUAGGCCAGGACCCGGAUAUUUAAGUCCUCCAUCAGGACCUCAAGGACCUCAAGGACCUAGUGGCCCUGGAUAUCCUGGAAGACCUCAGGGACCAUCUGGACCGUCGAGACCUCAAGGACCUAGUAGUCCAAGCGGUUAUCCAGGACCCAGCGGACCAGCUCCAGGAUAUCCAGGUCAACCUCAAGGACCAGCAGGACCACAGGGAGGUCCAGGUGGCUAUCCAAGUCCUGGUGGUCGACCGCAAGGACCUAAUGGAUCAGGGGGAUAUCCUGCCAACGGUAGACCAAGCGGCCCAUCGUUUCCCAGUGGACCUAGUGGACCUAGUGGACCCAGUGGACCGUCCGGACCAGGAGGUAUACCAGGAAAACCCCAGACGGGCUUACCGUUCCCGCCGCAGGGUCCUUCGAAACCAGAUCGUGAGUACUUGCCGCCGAGAGCUGGAUAAUCAUGAAUCUAAGCGCUCCAGCCGGUAUCUAACGACGACUCCCACCGUUGUUAAUGCUGGAUGACACGUGUAAAUACGAGCCUCUUUACCUGUGUAAUCUAAGUGAUAUCGGUUAUCCGUAUUGCAUUCACUUCUACGUGUAGAGAUUUCAAUUAUUCUGCUUGCGCGUUUACUCAUCCUGAGGUUUCUGCGUAUCUAAUUAAAAGUUUAGAUUGUUACGAUUAUCUGUUUCAUCCAUUUUUCACGCCAGGAAAAUAUAAAGUACUAUUUUAAACAAAAAAACAAAUUACAACGGUUUUUUUCUGUUUAUAUAUAUAUUUUUUUUAUUUAAUUACGAAUGUAUUUUUAUAUUAUACUUUAAUUCACUUUAAAUCUUUAUAUUACAUCGUAUUUUAGAAACAAAUACGAUAAACUUGACGGAAACCUUAUGAUGGAAGUACGAGUAAAUAAUAUUAAGAUAUGUACGCUGAAUGUAUUCUUCAACAUUCAAUUUAAUUCAAUUAAUUAUAGCGAAAUCAAAAAAUGUUAAUGUGUUAAAUACUUUCGAUUUUUAUCAAUUAUUAUAUACACAACUGCAUAUAUAUACACAAUUGAACGUUACUUUGAAAUUUGUCUUUAUAAAAUUGUCAUCUGUGCAAAACAGUGAAAAGACUCUUAUUAGUAUCAGCAAUAAUACUAUUAGUUUCCAAUGUAAUAAUCAUGAACACUAUUAUCGAAAUUAGCAGAUGAGUGUUGAUGGAAUACAUACAGUUUGUAGGUAUUACAACGCGACGUAUUUAUUUAUUCAGCUUUAAUAAAAACAUGAUCGUUACCAUUACGAGUUUACUAUCAAAAGAGACAAAUCAGCCGUCAUGCGGAUGUCAUCGAUACACGAAUUCCUUUACAAUUAGAAUUGUUAACUGAACCUAAACACAUGCGUGAAAGUAUAAUCAAAUAUUAUAUGUUUUAAGGCAACUCUGUCUUACACAAAGUGUCAUAAUUACACGCAAUUUUAAAGCAAUCAUUCAUCGCGUAAAGCCUAUUAAGCGCAAAAUACUGCCAAUGGUAAAGCAUGUACAAUGACAUUUUUAACGAUUUAUGUGACGUACUUCGUUAGUAUAAUUCGAGAGAGAACUGCAAGUAUACUUGUAAGAUUACAAUAGUAUUCCUUAGGAAGUAAUUUAUGAACGAAUCAUAGGAUAUGAAAAUUUCCACGACGGAGAUAUAUGUUCUCGUAAGAACAUUACGGGCAACCACAAGACGUGGAGUACAUCGGACAUGCCCUUCUGGCGAAAGUAGCGUGAUCUAUUCUGAUAAAAUUUCGUCCACGAAAGGAAAGCGUGCACUAUUGUAAUUGCUUGUGCGAUUGAAGAAUAAACGGUGAGAAUCCGAUUACUUCCGAAGAGCGUAUCAUUGUCACAUAUAGUUAAGCAACGCAUGACAUAAUUAUAUAUACAUAUACCUAUAUUUUUUAUAACAAUGGUUUGAGACUCCUACGUGGGAUGCCAUUAUGUAUAUUUUAUGCGCGAA